CCACUUCAACUUCAAGCUUCGAGAGGAAAGUAAACAAACAAGCACUACACACGUGGUCGUGCAAUUCUGGACUCAAUUUUUAAGAAGAUCUAAGAUCUCCACAAUAGAAUGGCGAAGAAAAGGAAGGGACGUUCAGUUCGGCGCAACAAGAACAAGGCUCCUGGAGAAUCAAAUGAGCCAGAGGAGCUGACGCGGGCACCGCACUCUUUUGUGAUUACCAGAGGAAACACAAGUGGUUACGUCCAGGAGCUCACUAAGGAUUUUAGGAAAGUCAUGGAGCCGUUCACAGCAAUAAGUUUAAAAGAGAGGAAAAGGAACAGUUUGAAAGACUUCGUAUCCAUUGCUGGCCCACUGCAUGUCUCCCAUCUCAACAUUUUCACACAGACAGAAAUGGCAAUUUAUCUGAAGGUGGCUCGUCUCUCACGAGGACCCACUUUGACCUUGAAGGUUCAUGACUACGUUCUUGCAAGAGAUGUUUUGUCGUCCUUGAAGAAACCAGUCUCAAAUGAUAAAAUGUUUGCAAGUGCUCCUCUUGUUGUGUUGAACAGCUUUUCCGGAGAGGGAAUGCACCUCAAACUUCUUGCCUCUGCAUUCCAAAAUAUGUUCCCAGCAAUUAAUUUGACAAAGGUUAAAUUGAGUAAUGUGAGACGGUGUGUUUUGCUUAACUAUGAUCCAGAGACCAAACUUAUUGACUUCAGGCAUUAUGCAAUCAGGGCUGUCCCUGUCGGACUCAACCGGGGUGUAAAAAAACUUGUGCAAAGUAAAGUCCCUGAUCUUUCCAAGUUCAAUGAUAUCUCUGAGUAUAUUGAUCGUGAUGGAGGAGCCACAUCAGAAAGUGAAGCUGAAGACGACCCUAACAGUCAUGUUAUUUUACCACAAGACCUUCCAUCGAGGGGAGCAGUGGCUUCGACCAAAACAGCUAUUAGGCUCUCAGAAUUAGGACCUCGAAUGACUCUUCAACUUGUAAAAGUGGAAGAUGAUCUUAUGGGUGGAAACGUGAUGUUCCAUGAGUUCGUAUUCAAGACCGAAGAAGAAAAGGCACAGAUCAGCAAAAUGCGGAAUCAAAAGAAGCAAAUCAAGGAUGAGCGGAAGAAAGUGCAGGAAGCCAAUUUGAAGAGGAAGGUUGAGUUGAAAGAGGAACACAAAAAAAGAUCUAUGGGUGGACAAGGCAAAAACGAGGAGCCUGUGGAAGAAGUGGUAGACGAUGAUGUUGAAUACUACAAGAAAGAAGUUGGCCAUGCACCUGAGGAAGGAUUAUUCGAACCUCCGAGAGCCAAAAAGCUGAAGUACAGCCCGUAUGAUAAGCUGAGGAAGAAAAACAAGUCGGACGAAAGAAGCGAGCCACCAAGGAGAUGGAAGAAGGAAGACACUCGAAAACCUUCAAAGAAAGUGGUUGGUGGUAGAGAAAAAUAUUACGCUACAAAAAACUCCUUCCAGAGUUCUAAGGGUGGGAAAAAGUUUGGAAAAAGGAAAUAAACACAUUUUUAUGGUUGUCAAUUAA